AUGGAGCUGUCGGAUAUCUCUUUCCCCAUCCCCGCCGCAGAUGAUUUCUACGACGACCCCUGUUUCAACACCAGUGACAUGCACUUCUUCGAGGACCUGGACCCGAGGCUGGUCCAUGUGGGCCUGCUGAAACCGGACGACUCCUCCUCUUCAGCCUCGCCCUCCCCCUCGUCCUCCUCCUCGUCCUCCUCCCCGUCCUCCCUCUUGCACCUCCAUCACCACGCCGAGGUGGAGGACGACGAGCACGUCCGCGCGCCCAGCGGGCACCACCAGGCGGGCCGCUGCCUGUUGUGGGCCUGUAAGGCCUGCAAGCGGAAGACCACCAACGCCGACCGGCGGAAGGCUGCCACCAUGCGCGAGCGCCGGCGACUCAGCAAGGUGAACGACGCCUUCGAGACCCUGAAGCGCUGCACGACCGCCAACCCCAACCAGAGGCUGCCCAAGGUGGAGAUUCUCCGCAACGCCAUCAGCUACAUCGAGUCCCUGCAGGCGCUGCUGCGCGGCGGGCAGGACGACGGCUUCUACCCGGUGCUGGAGCACUACAGCGGGGACUCGGACGCCUCCAGCCCCCGCUCCAACUGCUCCGACGGCAUGGUGAGUUCAGGGAUCGACAGGUGUCAGACCAAGUGUGGUCGAGUCUUUGAAUGUGCCUUAAAAAAUCUCUCCAAUGCGCUUUUACGCACGAGAAAUGUUUUUACGCACGAGAAAAGUUUUUACGCAAACACUCUCGGGUUUGUUUUCGUAUUUUCAUCUACAACGAGUUUGACUCUUUUUCUCAGUGACUGAAGUUGUUCUCAGCACUUUCCACGCGGGAUUAUCUGAACUCUUUUUUACCUUUAGUGUUUUUAAAUAUUCAUGUCAGUUUGUUCGAAUUUCGUUAGUUUUAGUGAAGCUUUUUUCCCCAAACGAGUUUCAGGCAUUUCGGCUGAACACAGGAGUUAUUAGUGAGGAGUUAAAACUACUUCAUAGUUACUAACAGGCCGGUCUUUUACAAGGUCGAUUUUUAUCUUAACAAACCUUUUCAUAACUUAAAUAAUCUGAGUGGAGGCCACGAACUAAAAUGAUCAUGUAAUUGUCCAAUAAUUUAUCUCGAUGCAAACAUUGUUUGAAGGAGGACGGAGGAAAUAUUCAGAGUUAAAUGAAAGUAAAAGUUAAAAUACUGAAGUGAUGUUUACGCAGGAUAACUGUAUUAGUGUUCAUAUUAUUUUAUUACAGGAAGACACAUCAGGAAUAUAUUUGUGUUUUUAUUCGGCUUGUAGGUAAAACGGAUUUUUUGGAUUUUUUUGAGUUUCUUUUUCCAAACACGACAGAGCUGCGAUUUUCUCUAAAAAAUACUUAAAUUCAUUUCUAUUUUCGGUGAAACAGCAGACAUUAUUCUUUGAAGUCGUAGUGUUCUUAAUAUAAUCUAACAUUAUUUUAAUCUCUGUGUUUUUCUCUCUUUUUAUUCAGGCGGAUUUUAACGGGCCGAGCUGUCAGUCAAACAGAAGAGGAAGUUACGACAGUAACUCGUAUUUCUCUGAAACUCCAAACGGUAAGAAAACAACAAGAGAACAGAGUUUUAGUGUUUAGCUGCUAACAGGUCGAUAAUUAAAGACUUUAAAUGAGUUUAAUUUGGUUCUCCUUUUUACUAAAACAAAGAUUUAAAAAAAAGAGGACAAAUGAAACCAGUUACACUGUAAAACACACUCCUGUUAAAUCUAAACUGGUGAGAUAUCUUUCAUAAUCAUUAGAAUUACAUGUUUAUGUCCUCAUUUGUGUGUUUGAGGUAUUUACUCAAAAAUAAUGUAAAAGUUAAAAGCUGCUAAUUAAAACAAGAACUAAUUCAGACAUUUUAUUUAGGGUCAAACAAUGAAAAUUUGAUCUUUUUAAAAGGAAAUUUUCUCCUGAUUGAAUCAUUUUGGAAAUUUUUGAUUUAUAUGGAGAGUAAAUUACAGUUGUUACUUUUUAGGGAAAUCAACUUUUUGAAUCCAACAAAAACAAACAGAGCUUAAAAAAAACACCACAGACAAAAGUCGAAACAUUUAUUUUUAUUUUUGAUGAGGCAGGGACACAAAAAUAAAAUCCUGAAGUAAAAGAAGACUUAACUUUCCUUUGACUUAAUGAAACCCUUUUUUUUUUUUUUUUUUACUCCUAAUAUUACUAAAAAUUAACUCAAACAUUUAUGAGUUCAGAUUUCAGUCAUUGACUUUCCUUUUAUUUUUCGUCUUUUGCAGGUGGUCUGAAGAGCGAGAGGAGCUCGGUGGUCUCCAGUCUGGACUGUCUGUCCAGCAUCGUGGAGCGGAUCUCCACCGACAACAGCAGCCUGCUCCCCGCCGCCGCCGAAGGCCCCGGAUCCCCGCCCACAGACCCCAAUCCAGAGGCGACGGCCCCCGGGUCUGUCCAGAUCCCCUCCCCAACCGCCAGCCAGGACCCUAACCUGAUCUACCAAGUCCUAUAG